AUGGGAUAUACGGAGGCGAUACUGUACAUUAAUGGCGUUCGUAGAGUCCUUCCUGAUGGCUUGGCUCAUACGACACUUCUUGAAUAUCUCAGAGAUUCAGGGCUGACCGGGACAAAGCUGGGAUGCGGCGAAGGUGGUUGUGGGGCUUGCACGGUCAUGGUCUCUAAUUAUGACAGAACAUCAAACACAUGCGUGCAUUAUGCUGUCAACGCUUGUUUAGCACCUCUCUAUUCUGUAGAAGGAAUGCAUGUAAUAUCCAUUGAGGGAGUUGGUCACCACAAACUUGGCUUGCACCCACUUCAGGAGUCAUUAGCAUCUUCUCAUGGUUCCCAGUGUGGGUUUUGCACUCCCGGGUUUAUCAUGUCGAUGUAUGCGUUACUGAGGUCAAAUAAAACCCCACCUUCUGAGGAGGAGAUUGAAGAAUGCCUUGCAGGAAACUUGUGUCGUUGCACUGGUUACAGACCGAUUGUUGAUGCGUUUCGGGUUUUUGCGAAAACUAAUGAUGCUCUGUACAGUGGUUUAUCUUCUCUUAGUCUUCAAGAUGGUUCAAGUAUUUGCCCAUCUACUGGUGAACCUUGUUCAUGUGGAUCAGCAGGCACUUGUAAUGGCGAUAGAUUUCAGCCUAUCUCUUAUAGUGAGACAGAUGGGGCUAAGUAUACAGAAAAGGAGCUUAUUUUCCCUCCUGAACUUUUUCUGAGGAAACUAGCUUCUUUAAUGCUGAGAGGAAAUGGAGGGCUUGUUUGGUACAGACCCGUAAGGCUUCAGUACUUGCUUGAUCUCAAGGCGAAACAUCCUGAUGCAAAACUACUGGUAGGUAAUACAGAGGUGGGAAUCGAAAUGAGGCUAAAGAGGUUAGAGUAUCAGGUGCUGAUAUCUGUUGCUCAAGUCCCUGAACUCAACACGGUGAAUGUCAAUGACGAUGGGGUAGAGGUUGGUGCUGCUUUGAGACUCUCUGAGCUCGUGAGGCUAUUCAAGAGGGUUGUAAAUGAGCGUCCUGCACAUGAGACAUCAGCUUGCAAGGCUUUUGUUGAAAAGCUGAAGUGGUUUGCUGGGACACAGAUAAGAAAUGUUGCUUCCAUUGGUGGAAACAUCUGUACAGCUAGUCCAAUAUCUGAUCUGAAUCCUCUUUGGAUGGCUUCGAGAGCAGAGUUCCGGAUAAUCAACUGCAGUGGAGAUGUUAGGUCCGUCCCUGCAAAAGAUUUCUUCACUGGUUAUCGUAAAGUGGAUAUGGAAAGCAAUGAGAUCUUGUUGUCAGUAUUCCUACCAUGGACAAGGCCCUUGGAGUACGUGAAAGAAUUUAAACAGUCACACCGUAGGGAUGAUGAUAUAGCUAUUGUCAAUGGUGGAAUGCGUGUGUUUCUUGAAAAGAGAGGUCAAGAACAAGAAUUGUUCGUUUCUGACGCAUCAGUUGCUUUUGGUGGUGUGGCUCCGGUUUCUCUGCGUGCAAGAAAGACUGAGGAGUUUCUAAUAGGAAAGAGUUGGAAUAAAGGUCUUCUGCAAGAUGCGUUAAAGGUCAUACAAAGUGAUGUCUUAAUCGAUGAAAAUGCUCCUGGUGGAAUGGUGGAGUUUCGGAAAUCUCUAAUCCUAAGCUUCUUCCUUAAGUUUUUCUUAUGGGUUUCAAAUCAUAUACGUGAUGUCAACCCCACUAUAGAGACUUUCCCAUCCUCCCAUAUGUCAGCUUUGCAACCAUUUUCUCGGCAGUGUGGAGUUGGAAGACAAGACUAUGAGACAGUAAAACAUGGAACGUCUGUCGGCUUGCCGGAAGUCCAUCAGUCAGCGAGAAUGCAAGUCACAGGGGAGGCGGAAUAUACUGAUGAUACUCCGGUGCCUCCUAAUACCUUGCAUGCUGCUUUGGUGCUAAGCAAAAUGCCACAUGCUCGCUUACUUUCAAUUGAUGAUUCGGCAGCCAAAUCUUCGCCUGGUUUUGCUGGUCUGUUUCUUUCCAAAGAUGUUCCCGCGGAUAAUAUGAUUGGACCGGUGGUUGCUGACGAAGAAUUAUUUGCUACGGACGUGGUGACGUGUGUGGGACAAGUCAUUGGUGUGGUUGUUGCGGAUACACAUGAAAAUGCAAAAACUGCGGCAGGAAAAGUUGAAGUUGAGUAUGAAGAAUUACCAUCGAUAUUAUCAAUCAAGGAGGCUCUCGAUGCUAAAAGUUUCCACCCAAACACAGAGAAAAUGCUAAGAAAAGGAGAUGUAGAGCUAUGCUUUCAAUCGGCACAAUGUGAUAGAAUAAUAGAGGGAGAGGUUCAAAUGGGUGGUCAGGAACACUUUUACAUGGAGCCUCAUGGUAGUUUGGUUUGGACAAUUGAUGGAGGCAACGAAGUUCAUAUGAUCUCAUCCACUCAAGAUCCUCAUAAGCACCAGCAAUAUGUUUCUCGUGUUCUCGGUCUUCCAAUGUCUAAAGUUGUAUGCAAAACCAAACGUCUUGGUGGUGGCUUUGGUGGCAAGGAAACGAGAUCGGCCUUCAUAGCUGCUGCAGCUUCUGUCCCUUCCUACCUGUUGAACCGACCUGUGAAACUCAUACUGGACAGAGAUGUGGACAUGAUGAUAACUGGUCAUCGUCAUAGUUUUGUCGGAAAGUACAAGGUUGGUUUUACAAAUGGAGGAAAAAUAUUGGCGUAUGACCUUGAAAUAUACAACAAUGGUGGAAACUCUUUGGAUCUUUCGCAUGCUGUUCUCGAAAUUGCCAUGUUCAACGCGGAUAAUGUUUAUGAGAUCCCGCAUGUGAGGAUCACAGGGAACGUUUGUUUCACUAAUUUUCCCAGCAACACUGCUUUCCGAGGGUUUGGAGCCCCUCAAGGUAUGCUUAUAAUUGAAAACUGGAUUCAGCGAGUCGCAGCUGAACUUGAUAGAAGCCCUGAAGAUAUAAAAGAGAUGAACUUUCAAACGGAAGGUUCUAUCACGCAUUACUCUCAGCAUCUUCAGAACUGCACAUUGCAUCAGCUCUGGAAGGAGCUGAAAGUAUCUUGCAACUUUCUUAAAGCUCGUAGAGAAGUCGACGAGUAUAAUAGCCUCAAUCGGUGGAGAAAGCGUGGUGUGGCUAUGGUUCCCACAAAAUUCGGCGUAUCGUUUACUAAAACAUUCAUGAACCAGGCCGGUGCUCUGGUCCAUGUUUACACCGACGGUACUGUUUUGGUAACACAUGGAGGUGUGGAGAUGGGUCAAGGAUUGCAUACAAAGGUUGCACAAGUUGCUGCGUCCGCCUUUAACAUUCCCCUUAGUUCAGUUUUUGUGUCAGAGACAAGCACAGACAAGGUUCCAAAUGCGUCACCAACUGCUGCUUCUGUGAGCUCUGAUAUGUACGGUGCUGCAGUGUUGGACGCUUGUGAGCAGAUUAAAGCACGAAUGGAGCCUGUUGCGUCCAAGCUUAAUUUCAGCUCUUUUGCUGAGCUGGCAAGUGCGUGCUAUUUUCAACGGAUAGACCUGUCUGCUCACGGUUUUCACAUUGUUCCCGAGAUUGGCUUUGACUGGGAAUCUGGAAAAGGAAACCCAUUUAGAUAUUACACCUAUGGAGCUGCAUUUGCCGAAGUUGAGAUCGAUACAUUAACUGGUGACUUCCACACAAGAACAGUCGAUAUAAAGUUGGACCUUGGAUAUUCUCUUAACCCAGCCAUCGAUAUUGGACAAAUAGAAGGAGCAUUCGUACAAGGGCUAGGUUGGGUAGCUCUAGAAGAACUGAAAUGGGGAGAUGCAGCUCAUAAAUGGAUUAAACCGGGAAAUCUACUCAACUCCGGACCGGGAAACUACAAAAUACCUUCCAUUAACGACAUUCCCAUCAACUUCAAGGUUUCUCUGCUCAAGGGGAAUCCAAAUUCAAAGGGGAUACAUUCAUCAAAAGCAGUUGGUGAGCCACCGUUUUUUCUGGCGUCAUCGGUUUUCUUUGCGAUUAAAGAUGCGAUCAAAGCGGCUAGAGCCGAGAUGGGUCUUGGCAACAAAUGGUUCCCUUUGGACACUCCUGCGACUCCGGAGCGUAUCAGGAUGGCUUGUUUCGAUGAGUUUACUUCUCCUUUUGUGACUUUAGAUUUCUGUCCCAAGCUUAGUGUUUGA